AUGCCGGACAACAGAGAGAAUGCUUUGGCACCCGAUGAUGAUGAUGAUGGAGAAACUAAUCUACCUUCUAAUGAGAGACAAAUACCACCAGCACCGGCCAAGGCAAACCGGGGAUGGCUGUUCUGGGCCGUCUUUGUCUGUCUUGCCGUCACUGCUUUCCUGAGCUCUCUGGAGGGCUCCAUCGUCUCAACUGCCCUCCCUAGUAUCUCUCGUGCCAUGCACGCUGAGGAGAAUUAUCUCUGGGUAGUGAAUGUGUAUUUUCUUACCAGCGCUGCUGUGCAGCCACUUUAUGCCCAACUCGCUGACCUCUUUGGACGGCGAUGGCCGAUGAUUUCUGCCGUUGCCAUCUUUACUGUUGGCAGUGGGAUUUGCGGCGGUGCAUCAUCCACCAACAUGCUUAUCGGUGGUCGAACAGUCCAAGGGAUCGGGGCAGCGGGCAUCAACAUGCUGGUGGAAUUGAUCCUCUGUGAUCUGCUGCCGCUGAAGGAAAGGGGACAGUUUAUGGGACUCCUGUUUGUCUUCAUCGUGCUGGGAUCGGUGUUGGGUCCGGUGAUUGGAGGACUCAUGGUCCAGCAUGUGUCGUGGAGAUGGACGUUCUACAUCAAUCUUCCCCUUGGCGGCACCUGUCUAAUACUACUCUAUCUCGUGCUGCGGGUGCAACAUCCGGCGAGCCCACCAGUCCUCAAACAGUUGAAGCAGAUUGACUAUCUGGGAAAUAUUAUCCUCGCGGCCUCAGUCUCAUCCGUCCUAUACGCUCUCACGUACGGUGGCACGCGGUACGAAUGGUCGCACCCGUCCGUCAUCAUCACUCUUGUUCUAGGUCUUUGCGGCCAGUGUCUAUUCUUCCUCUACGAAGCGUCCCCUUUCUGCGUGCAGCCAGUGAUGCCAUUCGAACUGUUUAAGAACCGAACCUCUGCAGCAGGUUUCAUGGCCACCUUUCUCCAGACCCUGGUGUCCUUCUGGGCAGCAUACUUUCUGCCUUUGUAUUUCCAGUCUACACUGUUAUCGUCCCCGUCUCGCUCGGGGGUUCAGCUUCUCCCUUUUUCCAUUGUUUAUUCUGUCGGUGCCCUUGUCGGGGGUUCUCUCGCCACCAGACUCGGCCGAUUCCGUAUCAUCCAUAUUAUCGGCUUUGUACUGAUGACAGUGGGAAUGGGCUGCUUUACAAUGUUUGACAGGGAUACAUCUACGGCUGUCUGGGUGAUCUUGACAGUUAUCUACGCUCUGGGACUCGGAGUGGUUAUGGCCUGCCUUCUGACCGGCAUCCAAGCGGCCCUACCAGAUCAUUUGAAUGCCGCGAGUACGGGUACCUUUGCCUUUGUCCGGAGCAUGGGCACCAUUUGGGGAGUGAGUAUUCCCGCCGCCAUAUUCAAUAAUCAAUUUGACCAGCUCCUGUCAAAUCUGGCCGAUGAGAAGGCGCAGAGGGCAUUGGCGCGAGGCAGGGCGUAUGAGCAGGCGUCGCGGGCCCUGGUGGAUUCCUUCCGGGAACCCAUUCGCAGCGAGAUUAUCGGUCUCUACGAGCAGAGCUUAAGGCGAGUUUGGCAGAUUGGCAUUGUAUUUGCGGGACUGGGGCUGUUGGUGGUUCUAUUGGAAAAGGAUUUACGGUUGAGGACUGUCCAUGAGUCUGACUUUGGGUUGGCGGACGGUCAAGAAGAAAAGCGGGAGAAUUAA